AUUCUGAUCCAGUAAUGGCAGAAGAAGCUAAGAAAAUCAUCUUCGGAAAAUACGAAAUCGGAGCCCUUCUCGGCCGCGGCGCCUUCGCCAAAGUCUACCUCGGCCGCCGCCUCCCAUCCUCCGCCGCGGCGGAAGAGACGGUGGCAAUUAAGGUAAUAAAAAAAGACGAAGCGAUCAAGAGCGAGAAAACGACGGAGCAGAUCACGCGCGAGAUCGCCGUGAUGCGGCGCGUGCGCCACCCCAACGUCGUCGAGCUCAAGGAGGUCAUGGCGACCAGAUCCAAAAUCUACCUCGUCAUGGAAUAUGCCUCCGGAGGCGAGCUCCUCUCCGCGGCCGCGCGCCGCCUCGACGAGUCCGCCGCGCGCAGCUACUUCCAGCAGCUGAUCGCCGCCGUCGACUUCUGCCACAGCCGCGGCGUCUUCCACCGCGACAUCAAGCCGGAGAAUCUCCUCCUCGGCGCCAACGGCCGCCUCAAAAUCUCCGAUUUCGGCUUGUCGGCGCUCUACGACAACCCUAUCUCCGGAGCCGGCGGACUCCUCCACACGCGGUGCGGUACCCCGGCCUACACCGCACCGGAGGUCCUCCGCACGAAGGGAUACGACGGCGCGAAGGCGGAUAUUUGGUCGUGCGGCGUCGUAUUGUACGUCCUCCUCGCCGGAUUCCUCCCCUUCGACGACCGGAAUCUCGUCGUCAUGUUCAGAAAGGCGAUCAGGUCGCAGUACUCGAUCCCGCCGUGGUUCUCCACCGAAACGAAGCGCUUAAUGUAUAAAUUGCUGGAUCCGAAUCCGGGUAAACGGAUCUCGAUUCCGGGUAUAAUGCGGGUCCCGUGGUUUAAAAUCGGGCUGCAAAACCCUAAUUCGAUAUCGAUCGAUGAAGCUGAGAUUAAAAUCGAAGAAACGGUUGAGAAAUUCCCUUCUUCCCCGGCGAUCCUGACAGCGUUUCAGCUGAUCACCUCGUUGUCAGCCGAUCGGUUCGACCUAUCCGAACGGAGAGGGGACUUCACGUUUAAGUCGAAACGAUCGGCUAAGGUGACAUUGGGGAAAAUUGAAAUGGUUGGGAAGAAAUUAGGGUUUAGUGUUUCGAGGUUGAAGGACUUCAAAUUGAGGUUGUUGGGGGCGGACGAGGGGCGGAAAGGGCGGCUCUUGGUCACGGCCGAGGCGUUCAAGGUGGGGCCGGAGGUGACGGUGGUUGAGUUCUCAAAAGUUUCCGGCGACACUUUGGAGUGUAUUAGGUUUAGGGAAGAGGAGAUUAGGCCAGGGUUGAAGGAUAUAGUUUGGACAUGGCAAGGAGAUACUAGUUUUAUGUGUUGUGAUCAAAUUAAUGGUCAAGACUCAAGAACAUGAUAAAACACAACUCAGUUGGUAAAGCACUAGCUUCUUCUCGGUUCAAAAGUUUGGAGAUUCAAGUCAUCAUGGGGUAAAUGAGAACCAAUGUUGAUCCACGUAUCAUUACUAUUAUCAUUCUUAUUUAUUUGUAUGCAAUACUUAUGGUGAGCUAGAUCGAUAGUCAAAGAGCCUAACAUGUCUUGGUUAAGAGACAAUAGAGCCAUGCCACGAUUGUGUUAGGAUCUUAUAUAGGCCUUUGCCUAUAAUAUGACCUUUAUGACCUUUUAAAUUCUUUUUUCCUAUU